UGUCAAACAAUAUUUGUUAUAUUUAUAUUUUAUCUCUCUAUCAUUUUAUUUGAUAAUAUAAAGUAUAAACUCAGAAAUAAGUGUAAUUCAUUUAAUAUUUGAUAUUUCUUUUAUUCCAAUUACUAUAUCCAAAAUGUCUGUGCCACCACAAGCAUUUGUAAAUAAAAACAAAAAGCAUUUUCUUGGUAUUCCAGCUCCUCUUGGUUAUGUAGCUGGUGUUGGUAGAGGUGCUACAGGUUUUACCACACGAUCUGAUAUCGGUCCAGCCAGAGACGCAAAUGAUGUAUCUGAUGACCGCCAUGCACCGCCAGCAGCUAAACGCAAGAAAACAGAAGAAGAAGAUGAUGAUGAAGAUUUGAACGAUUCUAAUUAUGAUGAAUUUUCAGGAUAUAGUGGCUCUCUGUUUUCUAAGGAUCCAUAUGAUAAAGAUGACGCUGAAGCUGAUGCUAUUUAUGAAUCUAUUGACAAAAGAAUGGAUGAAAAAAGAAAGGAAUACAGAGAAAAACGUUUGAAAGAAGACUUGGAAAGAUAUCGUCAAGAAAGGCCCAAAAUCCAACAGCAAUUUUCAGACCUCAAACGUGAAUUGAAAACAGUGUCAGAAGAUGAAUGGGCUGCAAUACCAGAAGUGGGUGACGCGCGUAAUAGAAAGCAGCGUAACCCGAGGGCUGAGAAGUUCACACCUUUACCUGAUAGUGUGCUGUCAAGGAACCUUGGUGGGGAGUCAACGACUUCUAUAGAUCCUGGUUCUGGUCUAGCAUCUAUGAUGCCUGGUGUUGCUACACCUGGAAUGCUGACACCUUCAGGUGAUUUGGAUUUAAGAAAAAUAGGACAGGCAAGAAACACAUUAAUGACAGUGAAACUAUCUCAAGUAUCAGAUUCAGUCACUGGACAAACAGUAGUAGAUCCAAAAGGAUACCUAACAGAUCUGCAGUCUAUGAUACCUACAUAUGGUGGGGAUAUCAAUGAUAUCAAGAAGGCUAGGCUAUUGCUCAAAUCUGUGAGAGAAACUAACCCUAAUCAUCCACCUGCAUGGAUUGCUAGUGCUAGACUUGAGGAGGUUACAGGUAAAGUCCAAGCUGCUCGUAACCUCAUCAUGAAAGGUUGCGAAGUGAACCCCAGUAGCGAGGAGCUAUGGCUUGAAGCAGCUCGGUUACAACCCAUAGAUACAGCGCGGGCUGUCAUAGCGCACGCGGCUAGGAAUUUGCCGCACAGUGUGAGGGUGUGGGUGAAGGCGGCUGAUCUGGAGCAGGAGCCUAAGGCGAAACGUCGCGUAUACCGCAAAGCUCUAGAACACAUUCCAAACUCGGUCCGUCUCUGGAAGGCAGCCGUAGAAUUAGAAAACCCAGAGGACGCUCGAAUAUUACUAUCAAGAGCUGUAGAAUGUUGUCCCACAAGUGUGGAGUUAUGGCUUGCUUUGGCUAGACUGGAGACAUAUGAAAACGCAAGGAAAGUGCUAAAUAAAGCCAGAGAAAAUAUACCUACUGAUAGACAGAUUUGGGUGACUGCUGCUAAACUGGAAGAAGCGCAUGGCAACACACACAUGGUGGAGAAAAUCAUAGACCGUGCCAUCACAUCGCUAAGUGCUAAUGGUGUUGAAAUAAACCGCGAACAUUGGUUCAAGGAAGCAAUGGAGGCCGAGAAAUCUGGGGCUGUGCAUACUUGCCAGGCAAUUAUUCGAGCUGUUAUCGGACAUGGCAUUGAACCAGAAGAUCAAAAGCACACUUGGAUGGAGGAUGCAGAAGCGUGCGCAAACGAAGGCGCGUACGAGUGCGCCCGCGCAGUGUACGGGUACGCGCUGUCCGUGUUCCCGUCGAAGAAGUCCAUCUGGCUCCGAGCAGCGUACCUGGAGAAGCAGCACGGCAGCCGCGCCAGCCUCGAGGCGCUGCUGCAGCGGGCCGUGGCGCACUGCCCCAAGAGCGAGGUGCUGUGGCUGAUGGGCGCCAAGUCCAAGUGGCUGGCCGGCGAUGUACCAGCAGCAAGAGGUAUCCUAUCCCUCGCUUUCCAAGCGAACCCGAACUCAGAAGAGAUCUGGUUGGCCGCUGUCAAGCUCGAGAGCGAGAACAAAGAGUAUGACAGAGCGAGACGGCUGCUCGCUAAGGCUAGAGCGUCUGCGCCCACGCCACGGGUAAUGAUAAAAUCAGCUAAACUGGAAUGGGCAUUAAACAACAUGGACGAAGCGCUCAAACUUCUCGACGAAGCUAUAAAGGUGUUCAGCGACUACGCCAAGUUGCACAUGAUGAAGGGACAGAUUGAGGAGCAGAUGGGAAAAGAUGAUGAUGCACAUAAUACUUAUUCGCAAGGGCUAAAGAAGUGUGCGACAUGUGUGCCAAUGUGGAUAUUAUUGUCGCGGCUCGAAGAAAAGCUCAAACACGUGACCAAAGCCAGAUCUGUGCUGGAAAAAGCUCGAUUACGGAACCCAAAGAAUGCUGAAUUGUGGUUAGAAAGUGUACGCCUAGAACGUCGUGCGGGCGGCGUAGAAAUCGCACAAGCGCUAAUGGCGAAAGCAUUGCAAGAAUGUCCUAGCGCCGGUCGUUUGUGGGCAGAUGCUAUAUUCAUGGAGUCCAGGCCGCAGAGGAAGACUAAAAGCGUCGACGCGUUGAAGAAAUGCGAGCACGACGCCCACGUGCUGCUGGCGGUGUCGCAGCUGUUCUGGACCGAGAGGAAACUGAACAAGUGCCGAGAGUGGUUCAAUAGGACGGUAAAAAUCGAUCCGGACCUUGGAGACGCGUGGGCGUACUUCUACAAGUUCGAACUACUGCACGGCAACGAGCAGCAACAAGAAGAUGUUAAAACUCGUUGUAAAGCAGCAGAACCGCAUCAUGGCGAGAAUUGGUGCAAAGUCUCUAAGGAAAUAGCUAACUGGUGUUUCAGUACGGAGCAGAUAUUGUUGCUUGUUGCUAAAAACUUACCUGUACCUACGUAGUGUGAAUUUGAAGAUUAGGUUAAUUGUAGAAGUUCGAGUCGAAAGUUCGUUCGACUGCACGGCAACGAACAGCAACAAGAUGAUGUACAUUGUAAAAUCUAAAGAAAAUAUUUUGUUUUCUUUUUCCCAAAAAUUUGAAAGUCAAAAUGUCUAACAUGUUAAUGUAAUGGAGAGUUCAAUUCGUAAUAAAGAUGGAAUUAUUAAAAAAUUGUAAUUUAAAGCCACUGCGUGCUUUAAGUUUUGGACAAGCACAGAAAAAUAUGUAUCACUCUUUGAUAAAUUACAUGUUUUUAUUUAUAUAAGAAGUCAUAAUAUGAGUUAAUUUACAAAGUCGUAUAGGUUAAUUAGUUAAGCUAUUGAUUAUUUUAAGUUAGUCGAUGUAUAUUAAGGAUUAAUAAAAUAUUAAAAAGUA